CGUCCUGUCUUCUUAAAUUUCGACCAUGUAUUAGAAGUUAGUAGGUUUCUGAACGGCUAACUUCAGGUGUGUUUUCCUUUGUCCGCUGUGAGUCACAAUUACUCACGACCACUUGUUGCUGUUCACGCAGAAGUUUGAAAUUUUAGUAAACACUUUUGCCUGUUUGGUUUAAAUAUUCGGGCGUGGUAAAGUUUUACAAAGGUUUGGACGUUUUUCUGAUUUUCGUGAACCUUUAUUGACUUUUUAAAACGAUGAGUAGUGAAAUCGAAGUACCCGAAACACCGAAUUGGUUAAAAGAUUUGGAGGAGAAGAGAGAAAAAAGGCUGAAAGCUCGCCUUGGUCAUGAGGCGGGAGCCGGGGCGCCUUGCCUUAAAUGCGAGGAUAAAUGUCCAGGAUUAGAUCUUCACUUUUGGAGGAAAGCCUGUAAAAUUUGUAGAUGCCCAAAAGAGGAGCACGACGUUCACGACGACGAUAUAUAUGGCUGGGCGCAAUUUCAAUUGCUUGGCAGCAAACCCAAUAAAAUUAGAACUAAAAUAGUACUGCCCGGCAAAAAAGACGAAGUGGAAUUAGAAUGGGCCCCGAAAGGUCAGAAGGACACCAUCGAUAAGUAUCUUAAAACUCUGGACCCCGGGAAAAUACCCAUCAAAGGCUCCCAUGCAGCUCAGGAAAGGAGACAAAUGUUGCAGAAACAAAUCCCCAUACACGACAUCGAUCCUUCAUUGUGCCACGAGCUGAAUGAAGAUGAAGUGCACAAAAUGAAAGAAUAUAUCGCGCAUGUUAAAAACAGUUCAGUCGGAGUGGGACAAAUAGUUAAUUUGUCCAAUGUUAUUAAAGCCAGUAUUCAUAAUAUUAGCCCGCAAGAGGCUCACAUUAUAGCCAGUCAUUAUGCCAAAGACAUUCCAUAUUCGGAGAUUGUGAAACUUGAAGCUGGGUUGGCGAAAAAAUUGGAAAGAAUGGCUAUACACGACCCCAAGAAUAAAAAAGGGAAGCUUUUGAGUAUGGUACCCAGCGAGCAGGGGCACAAAAGUGAGUGUGUUGUCAAUCCUUCAGUCGCUAAUAAGAUAAAGGAUAUAAAUUAUGGCGGAUAUGCGGAUACCAAUUCAAAACCGUCUGUUAACGCGCAAUAUGGAAUUGGAUUAAACCAAAGCAAUGGCGCUUUUGACAAUCCACAUCCUAGAAUCGAUGAAACGCUGCUACAAGGAACGAACUUUGAUCCGGCUAAGACGCCCAGUCAGUUUCCUGGAUAUAAAACGCGGGAUUACAAACCUUACCCUUCUUCGAACCAUGGUGAUACAGCAGGUAUGAGUGGUAAAGACAUUAACAAUGCUGGAGUAGGAGAUAAUGUGCCCUUUACAAGUUCUACUCGCAUAUCCGAGCCUAUUCGACCUGCAGACGUUUAUGUGGAACGAUCUAGUGAUGGGGAAGACCCUCACGGUUUGGACAACAAACCAAGCUCUAAUUCUAGUCAGUCUUACCUUACAACGAAAUUUGAAGGUGCCAAACCCUUAAAUCAUACUCCAGGUUCUCUGCCUCAUUAUGGAGCUCAUAACUAUGACAUUCGUAGUGACAGUCAAAACCCGACAGUUCCUAGAAAUGUUAAAGACUUGAUAUACAGCACUUUCGAUCCAAGUGACGAUGCCUCGAAGACGUCUCAUGGUGAAAGUAGUUCACUUAAUCCGAUCGCUAGACAACCAAGUGGCUUUCCAAACGGUUUAUACCAGUCGGAACAGGCCAAUACUAACAAGACCAAAAAACCUUUGUCCCAUCAUCACCCAAGCGGUCUGAAUAUACCUGAAGAUUAUCUCGAACCGAGUAAUAUUAAAAUUGGAUUGAUUCGGGAUGCGCCAUAUUCUGAUCCCAAGAUUCGAGAAGCAGUUACGGGUCAAAAUGACUUUGACAAAGACUACAACGAGGACUACAGCCCGGACAGCAUCCGGGAGAUCCUGAACAACAUCAAACUCCCGGAAUGUCACUACUGCAAGAAACCUUUCGAGGAAAACGAAUUCGCCGUCACGAUCGAGCGAGCCAAGUUCUUGUUCCACGCGGGUUGCUUCAAAUGUGCAGGCUGCAACCAAAACCUGGCCGAUAACAUAUAUUUCUAUCACAAGGAAACCAAUAACGUAUAUUGCGGCAGAGACUACGCGAAAAUUCGAGGCUAUCCCAGGUGCGACGCGUGUGACGAACUGAUAUUCACCAAGGAGUACUGUUUGGCGGAAAAUUCCACUUUCCAUUUGAAGCAUUUUUGUUGCUUCCAAUGCGACACCCCUCUAGCCGGACAGGAGUAUACUCUCGAGGAGGAGAAACCCUAUUGCUUGCCCUGUUUUGAGUCCUCAAAAGCCUCAAAGUGCAACACGUGUUUAAGCGUGAUUAAACCGGAUGAAAUGGGAUGCAACCUGAACGAGGUGCACUUUCACGCCACAGAAAAAUGCGUCGCCUGCAUUGUAUGUGGCGCACCAUUAAUGGGUAAAAAGCUACUGUUGCGGAACAACAAGCUUUACUGCUCCCAUGACUGUUUUCGUUCAAUAUCAAAAUAGUAUAUUAUGCAACAAGUUUGAUAAAUGGUAUUCGGGUCACUUGCUUUGCUUUGGUUCCAGAACUUGAGUUGUUUUUCUGCUCCCUACUCUAAAAACCCAAUCAUACACGUGGACAAUUUCCGGGAUUUUACUCACAGGUUUGGGACCAAUGAUCUGAUGUUUUCGGAUGUAUUACUAAUGGUCAUAGAAAAAACUGUAGUAUGUCACAUCUUAAUAAACUUCUUGAGUCACUUGGUCCUCAAAUGUACAUCCCUUUUAUCAAACUUACACGAUCUAUUAAUAUUAGAAUUAAUGAACCUAUGCAAUAUCCUUUAAAUAAAGUAUUUGAAACUUCAUGCCUUUUUAUUAAAAAACGAAAUCCCUUUAAAUAAGUAAAAAAUGUUUCUAAAACAAAACAAACUUUAUAAGA